CGUCCUCUCCCGCAUGCACCUCAUCGUCCAGGCAUGCUCUUUGUCAUCACCUCGACCUCUUCCCCUUCGCCAAUUCAUCCGUACUUAUCAAUUCGCGAGUACAUAACCGCUGAUUGAGCUAGUCCUCGAGACUGUCUGGCGAACAUUGAUAUCCAACCUUCUGUCGCAUCACCGAGUCUACCGUCACCAGCUAUUCUCUCUUGCGCCGCGGCCCCAGACAUCUGGCCGAGCCUCAUUCCUGCCUACGAUUCUGACUUGCGCUUGACAGAGACUGCUUGACGACGGAGAAACAAAGCGUCGCUCUUUAUAAUCUUCCCGAGACCACAGCCUGCAGGAAGCGCUCUCGACUCUCGCGCGCCCGCUGACAGCAUGAGCGCGCCGCCACCAGGUCUGCCCAACGGCCAGAACCCGAAUGGCCUACCAGGACAGCCUGGACAGCCUCGCCCCCCUCCGAUCAAGCGACGACCCAAAGGUGAUCCCCUUGUUGCCCGCAAGCGACCUGGAGCUCCACGACCGGCUGCCUCGCGUCCCCCUCCAGGCUCGCUGCAAACCGCCUCAGGAGCCCGACCAGCUGCCGGUGGAACAGGUCACCACGGCCUUCAGCGACCCGAGACCGAGGAAGAUAUCAGAGCGAAGAGAGCGGCAAACGGUGGCUGGCUCGAUCCCGCGCCCCAGAAUGUCAGGGAAUUCAAGAUCGUAACGACCAAGAAGGCGUUGAAAGAUGGUGUCAGACAUCACGUUAUGAAACUCUCUUCCGCCAAGGCCGAGCUCGAAAGGAACGGCAUUGAUCCUACAAACCAAGAUGAAUUCACCCGACCUGUCACGCUUCAACGUCGCGAUCCACGACAACCGCCUCCCGGACGCGAAGUCAAGCACGAAGAGCCCGAGCCACAACCAGUUGAUGAAAAGGAAGCCGAGCGUUUGGCACAACUCAAGGCCGAACGUGAGGCUGUUCGAGCUGUGGAACUCGCCAAGAGUGCACCCAGUCUGAAAGAUCCUAGUCUUGAUAAGAAGCCCAAGCCCAAGGAGAAGGAAAAGGAUGUCCAGUUCCACCGCCAGCCUCGGUCGGAGAAAGAGAAGAAGCAACAGGGCCUGCGAUACGAGGAGGCGCUCCCUUGGCACCUGGAGGACGCAGAUGGCAAGAACGUCUGGGUCGGAUCAUACGUCGCGCCUCUGUCCGAGACCACCGUCUGCUUUGUUGCUACUAGAGAUGGCAAAUUCGCGGCGAUACCUCUGGAAAAGUGGUACAAAUUUACUGCGAAGCCCCAUUUCAAUACCAUGAGGCUUGAAGAAGCAGAGGCUUUGAUGAGUAAGAAGACAGACAUCGGCCGAUGGUACAUGCGUGACAAGCAAAAGAAGAGCGAGCAAGAAGAAUGGGAGGCGACCAGACAUGCCCUGUACGGUCCUGCGAGAAUCAAGACAGAAAGUAGCACCUUCAGAGCUGCUUCUCGGGAAGAAAAGCAAGACCAUGACGAGAUUGACAUGGAAGGCGAUGAGUUCCAGGACGAUGACGAGAAUCCCGGCUUGGACGUGGACAAUGACGAGGAUACCAAGGAGGCUACUGAUCGUAUUCGCCGAGAUCAAAUGGGCGCUAAUCUUUUUGGCGAGGCCGAUGAGCGCAGAGUAGAGAAGGAGUUGAACGAAAUGAGGAAAGCCGAGGAGGAGCGCCGCAAAGAGGGAAAGCGAACCACCAAGGCACUCAUCAAGAGAGAAAAGGAGACUAUCUACCAGUCGGAUUCGAGUGGCUACGAUCCUUUCGAGUCUUCAUCGAGCGACGAUGAUUCCGACGAGGAAAAGAAGAAGGAAGAAGAGAAGGACAAGGACAAAGAUGAAGAGAACAAGGACAAGGACGGAGACUCCAAGGAUAAGACUGCGUCGGGCGUUUCUUCCAAGGGUAACACUACCCCGUCUGGCCGACCGAAACAUACCGAUGCUCUUAAGAAGGGCAAGUCUCUGAAGCGUCCCGGCUCUCCCAACUUGUCGGAAUCUAGUGGCAACGAGUCCUCUCGGAAGAAGCUGAAGAAGCAUGCCGCGGCGUCUGUCCAUCAGAGCCGUUCGUCUACGCCUUCGGGAGGCCUGAAGAGCCACCUCAAGGGUGCCAUGAGCGACGGCGAGGCAACAGGAGGCGAGAUGUCAGACGGCCAGUUGAGAAAGAAGAAGAUCAAGCUCGUUGGCAGCGGAGCAAGAGGCACGCCAGUCGGUUCGAGGGCCGGUAGUCCUGUCCCCGCAGCAUCCGGCUCCAAGCCCGGUUCACCAGUUCCCGAGGGAUCGCCUGCUCCCCGUGGUCCCAUUCAGGCUCACGAGAUUGUUGACGCCCUUCCUGAGCUCCCUGGCGGUAUCAGCAUUGGUAACCUGAUGAGAAGAUUCCAGGGACGCAUCGGCGAUGGCCCUGGCCAGAUGGAUCGCAAGGAAUGGAUCAAGCUUGUCAAGGAGAACUGUGCCUACGGAUCCGACAAGAUUCUUCGUCGCAGACCUUAGGCGGGAAAGCCAAUAUUGUAGAUUCUGCUAGCGAUUGAUCCAUCAUUAGGAUGGAAUUCGUCGGCGAAGAGUCCCACGCCGACGUGUCACCCAUAAAUGAGUAACUUGGAUUAUCUCACAAGAGUUGUAUGAGUGAAGUGAGCACAGCUUGUUUUUGAGGAGGGCG